AUGCUUUCCCUGAGGAGCCUUCUCCUCCUCGGACGGAGAAGGGUGCCUUUUUCGGCUGUCCUACUUCAGAACAGCCUACGAGCUUGCAGUUCGUCGAAGUCAUCGAGUCGAGACAUUGAGGCGCUGCUCGCUAGCACUCGAACCUCACCAAAUUCAUCUUCAAAUUCAUCCUCAUCAUCAGCAGCUGACGAGUGGGGCGACAUCGGCGAGGAGCUGACGGGGAAGAAGCUGAGCAAGGAGCAGCUGAUCCCGGUGUUGAACAAGUUCCUCCAGCGGCAGUCCAUUCGCCAGCUGGCCGCAGAACACGGCCUCAAACCAAAGCUCCUCAUCGAGGCCUUCAGCUCAUAUCGGCGGAAGAUUCUCGAGGCGAAGGUACUUGACCCGGAGAUCCACAUCCUCCUCUCGGACAUUGUCCAUGCGAAGGGCCACGUCGACGACCUCUUUCCCUCCUUUCUGAAGCACGCCAAGCAGAUCUACCCGCACAUCGACUGCCUCGAUGAUCUGAAGAAGAUCAGCGACCUGCGGUUGCCGCCCAACUGGUACCCACAGGCGCGCACCCUCACCCGCCGCUUCGUUUUCCACUGCGGCCCGACAAACAGCGGCAAAACGCACCAGGCGCUGGAGCGCUUCAUCUCCGCCAAAUCGGCCAUCUACUGCGGGCCGCUGAAGAUGCUCGCCGUGGAGGUGUACCAAAAGGCGAACGCCGCCGGCGUCCCCUGCGACCUGAUCACCGGCGAGGAACGGCGGUACGCCUCUGUGAGCAACAUUGGAGCUACCGGCACCUCAUCCUCUUCAAACCCCAUCUCAACUUCGACAAUCACGCCAACCGCCUCCUCGCACGUCGCCUGCACCGUGGAGAUGUCCAGCGUCAAUCAGCGCUACGAGGUGGCCGUCAUCGACGAGAUUCAGAUGGUGCGCGACGCGGAGCGCGGCUGGGCCUGGACGCGCGCCCUCCUCGGCAUCGCCGCCGACGAGGUGCACCUCUGCGGGGAGAAGGCCGCCCUCAGCCUGGUCGUCGAGCUGCUGGCCACCACCGGCGAGACGGUGGAGGUGCACGAGUACAACCGCCUGACGAAGCUCACCGUGGAGGAGGCGGCCCUGGAGACGCUGGAGGCCGUCCGCCCCGGCGACUGCAUCGUCUGCUUCAGCAAGCGGGACAUCUACGCCGUCAGCCUCCGCCUGGAGCGGAUGGGCUUCAACGUGGCCACCAUCUACGGGACGCUGCCGCCGGCCACCAAACUGCUGCAGUCGAGCAAGUUCAACGACCCCGCCGACCCGUGCAACGUCCUGGUGGCCACCGACGCCAUCGGCAUGGGCCUCAACCUCUCCAUCCGCCGCAUCGUCUUCUACAGCCUCGUCAAGCCCACCUUCAACCGGCAGCAGGAGAAGACGCUCGAUGUGAUUCCCGUCUCGCAGGCGCUGCAGAUUGCCGGGCGCGCCGGCCGCUACCGAACGCAGUACGCCGAGGCGGGCUACGUCACCACCUUCAGGGCGGAGGACCUGCCCAUCCUCCGCGAGGUACUGGCCUCGCCGGUGGAGGAGAUCGAGGCCGCCGGCCUCCACCCCACCCUCGACCAGAUCGAGCUCUUCAGCUUCCUCCUGCCCAACGCCACGCUGAGCAGUCUGCUGGACAUCUUCAUCAGCCUCUCUCAGCUCAAUCCGCACUACUUCAUGUGCAACAUCGAGUCGAUCAAAUUCCUGGCGGGCAUUCUGGAGCACAUUCCCCUCCCCCUGCGCGCCCGCUACGUCUUCUGCUGCGCCCCGGUGGACAACAAGUCGAACUUUGUCUGUGCGAUGUUCCUCAAGUACGCCCGGCAGUUUGCCAACGCCCAGCCGAUGACCGUCCACUGGCUCUGUGCCGCCCUCAAGUUUCCCUUUCGGCGGCCGGCGAACAUGGCCGAGCUGGAUCACCUCCUCUCCGUCUACGACUGCUUCGACCUGUACCUCUGGCUCAGCUACCGCUUCCCGGACGUCUUUCUCGACCAGGAGCUGGUGAGGGGCGUACAGCGGAAGCUCGAUGAAGUGAUCCUCGAGGGGGUGAUGAACAUCACCAAGCUGCUCAGGGCUUCGGGCACCGGCGGUGGGGGAGCGAGUGUUGGCGGGCCGUACACUCGAGGUGGGGGCGGUGGUGGUGCACACUCGCCGAGUGCGAGGAGCAAGCAGAUCAGCAUGCUCAUCAGCAAUAGUGAAAGUGAUAUGAACGCCUCUUCCUCCACACCAAGGAGGGACAACUCAAACUCUUCCAACAACUCAACUAGCACCACCUCGAAUUACGAAGUUCCCUAUGUAAAGAAACUCAACGGAAACUGA